AAAACGCUCUAUUUCCGCUGCAGCAGCGACAACGGGCACGUCAAAAAAGAAAGGAAAAUGUGGACAGUUAGGACAAACUGAGGCGAGAGAAGGAACAUCGAGCAACAUAUAUCAUCUUUAUUGAGCUAGGUUGCCAAGAAGUUGUUAUUAUUUAAAGUUAGCAGACAAACAUUUGACAGUUUAAGGGUCGUUUCGAGGUUAACUUGCCCCCUUGUUCUGUGGUGGUUCGCUUAGAGGAAGCAGCUCGGCUAGCCAGCUGAAUUGCUAGCUAGCUCGCUAGAGAUGGGGACGAGAGCAAGUCGCCUACAUGAAGACCCGGUUCCCCCUGCUUUCGGAAAAGAUGGCACAAAGCGGGAUUCCUAUAGGCGAACCCGCUGUACCAGGCCCACCAGUCUUAUGGUCGACUUCUCGGGGAGCUUCGAGGACACGGAGGCCAACCGGAGCCGAUCAGAGGAGGGCAGUGACUCGGACCUGGGGCAGCAUGGGGCGAGCGCCGACGGCAGUCCCGCUGACCACCACAGCAUCCCCUCUAGCAUUAGCCAAGCGUCUCCCGCGGACGACAACAACAGCGAGGGGAAACCCGAGGAAGACGGGAAUAUAAGUCCGGAGCGUCCCGUGGUAGCGGAACACCAGUCCGGAGAGGAGACAGGCCGCACGCCCCACCGCACUUUUUCCGAGCGGCUGCCCGGGAAUAGGCACUCCUCCGCCCGCAGCGUGGGCGCAAGAUCCGCCCGGGUUCGAGGCACACACCAGCGGCCGGUUUCAGAGGCUUGGAUCGGCCUUUACCGUGUUAACAACCGCCAUGGCAAUAUCCGCUGUCCUUUCUGCUCCAAGCCCUUCCCCGGGGGUCGGAUCGAGGAUCACCUGUUGAGCUGCCUCACGUCUCCUCCCCUACCAUACAAUACGGAUGUGCUCAGUAAAGACACCGGCGAGUGCUCCAUCUGUUUGGAGGAUCUGGUACAGGGAGAGACCAUCGCCAGGCUGGCUUGCCUCUGCGUCUACCAUAAGAGCUGCAUUGAUUCCUGGUCCAAGGUGAAACCCUGCUGCCCUGAACAUCCCUUCGAUUGACUCGCGGGUCACAUUUACUCUGCACAGUGACCAACCCGACUCAGGAGACUACACUGAAUCCCAAUAAAAUCCCAAUAAAAAUGUGUAAUUGAACAAACAAAAGCCCACAGUCCGUCUCCGACACAAACCUAUAUUUGAGCGGAGAACAGACGAUCCUAAGAAGAAGCUCCUGUUGGUGACAGCUGACGCUCUCCAUUUGGAUCGGUCCAUUUGAACUUGGUCUAGGCCAUUUCAAGCCAAACUCCAACAGUAAAAACAGCCACCCUGUCUCGGUCUAAUCUCUGGUUGAGACCCUUGUUGGAACACAAGUGGGGGAGGUCCCAUUUUCAUGUUAAGGACUUGGCUUGAAUCCACAGAAUAUAUAUAUAUAUAUAUAUAUAUAAAAAAUAACGUCCAAAAAGCAGUAUCAUCCCAGAACAAUGGAACUCUCCCCAGAAAGAUCUUGUAUCUGGGGAGGAACACAAAAAAGUUAACUGACUCUGGAUCCUCUCCUGUGUAUUUGUUUUCUCCCUCCAAAUGGGAUUUAUUUAGCAGAAAAAGUAUUGUUCCAUGUCAUACAUUGGAUGAAUGUUUUCGUUCCUCGGCUAAUCCCAAAUGAACCAACCUCACACCGAAAGCGUGAACCAUAACCACAUAAACGUUGCUUUAUUUUGAACCGGCUGAAGGUUGAGGGCUUGUUUUUGCUGAACGGGGGCUGCAGUUACUAGCCGUUUCCUUUUUCUUUUUUACUAUUACCUGUAAACAUUUCAGGGAAAGUUUGGGGGCUAAUUUAUUUUUUUUUUUUUUUUUUUUGGAGUAGGUCAGAUUUUUUGUAGGUGUUUAGUUAGCGCUGAGUUUAACAUGCUGCUACUUGCUGAGUGUUUAGGAACAUUGUAGGUAUUUCAUAGGGCCAUAGUAGCGCUGGUGUUGGCACCAAUUUGAGCACUUUUGUCCUUCAAGGUGUGUGUGUGUGUGUGUGUGUGUGUGUGUGUGUGUGUGUGUGUGUGUGUGUGUGUGUGUGUGUGUGUGUGUGUGUGUGUGUGUGUGUGUGUGUGUGUGUGUGUGUGUGUGUGUGUGUGUGUGUGUGUGUGUGUGUGUGUGUGUGUGUGGACCAGAGACAGGUAAUGUCCUGAGCAUGACUGUGUUAUUCAGGAAAGUGUGUGUGUUUACUGUAAGUUGCCCAGAAGUCUGCUUGGUAAAGCGGGUUACCCCUUUUCUUUUUUUAAUGCUAGUUUUUUACGCUGGCAAACAUCCUGUUACACGUGGCAUUCUGUCCCACGAACUCCCUUCUCCCUCCUCAUUCUCAAACUCUCUCUGGGGUGUAGUCCGGAUAUUUUUUUUUUUUUUUUUUUGGACCAGACCCCAAGCGACGGUUUCGCCAUCUGGUUACGUUAAUGCCAGAUCGAGGAGGGAUAAAGGAUUGAGGGAUGGAUUUUAGGGGGCAUGUUUACACAAAGUGGCAUCUGCCUCUCUCCCCAACACUGGAGGCUAUGGACAGCUGAUGGUUAAUUAUUACAUAACUAGCCCCCACCCCUUUCCCUUUUUUUUUUUUUAAAAAGAUAUCUCAUCACAUUAUGAUAACUAUUGCUAAAUGUGUUAAAUGGCUUCCCUUUGCCUUUUUUGUGUGUGUGUUGAUUGCCUUUGCCUGGUGAAGGGUUUCUCGUGUGCAAGCAGGUAUUUGUAGUGUUUUAUUUUUUAUUUUUUUGGGCUGAACUGAGGUGGAAGCCCAACAGUUAAGCUGCUCAACAGAUGCUGACUGAUACAGGUUGUACACAGGCCAGGGGGAAGAACAAAAAAACAUGAAUUGAUUGCUUUCGCUGCCUGUUUCAUGUGUUAAAAUCUCUGCUCGCAAGUGGUAUGGAUCCGUUUGGUGGUUAGCCCAGUGCACAGGUUUCCUACUGGCUAGUUUGUUCACCCCAGCCUCUCUUCCUUUUCUUCUUCUUUUUCCUGGUCCCUGAUGUUCUGCAGUCUGAGGUGCUACGACUUGUCCGGCCACUAGAGGGCAGCCCUGUGCAUGUUUCUUAUUUUUUGUAUAUCGGAGAAUAGAAAAAUAACGCCAAAAGUCCGUCUGUGCAUUUGGGGGCAUUGUGUGAGAGAGUGCAGAAGACGAGGUGCAUUGAUCAUUAGAUGUUACAUUUGUUGUGGUGAUAAGUUAUGAUGUUGUAUACAUGGGGGAUGGGGGUGUUUGUUUGUGUGUGUGUGUGUUUUUGGGGGGGGGGCGGGGGGGUUUGGUGGUGGUGGUGAUUGGGUUGUCGAUAAAGAUAAUAGACAAUCUAAAAACCCCACAUUACUCUUUAUUUACUUUCUUACCCCCCCUCUAAGCUGUGUGGUGCAAUACCUCAAUCUUUACCAAUGCUUACUAAACACUCUGUGUUAACUAGCUCCACUCCAACCAAGGAUGCUUUUUUGUAUAAAUGUCCCAAAACCCUUGGUCUUGGAUCGCAGGGCACUGAUCCUCCGACUGCCCUGUGCUUUGAGGUCAGUGUAUAAGAUGAGAAUCUGCAGCCCCAAGAUAUGGACAAUCUGCCUUUACUCUGGUAUAAAACAAAACAAAAAACAAAUUGAAUUUUAUUUAUUAAAUUGUAAAUAUGUAAUGCAAUUUAAGAAAAUGGCUUGGUCUUUGUCUGUUCAAUAUACUGUUUCUAAGCUCCAAUCUUUUGUAUGUCUCAGAAAUCGUUUUUAUAUGUAUUUUUUACAAUAAAUAUGUGUGAGAGA